UUUGUGAAAGGGGUAAGUGAGAGACUUAGACAACUAUAUAGAGAGAUAUAUAUACAUAGAAAAAGGUAGAUACGUACUUAGAUGCAGAGAGAGGAAUGACAGAUACAGUGUGAGAGAGAUAGAUACACACAGGAAUAAGAGAGAGAUUGAAAGUGAGGGGAAAACGAAAUACAAAGAGAGAGAGAGAUACAAAUCGAGUGAGAGAUAGGGCAGAUAGAUUCAGGAGUCCCAGAGAGAUACAUAGACAGAAAUAACAGUGGUAGGGAGAGAGAGAGAGGCAUAGAGAGAGAGUGGUACGGGAAUACAUCGACAGAUACACGUUUUGAGUCGGAGUUAUAGAGAGAGCAGCUAGAUAUAGAAGUUACAGGGCUGGAGUUAGAGAUACAGAGACAGGACAGAAAUAGGAUAGAAAUUUGACACGGGGCAUAGCAGAAGGGCUUAUACAGUAAAGAAGUUAGAGAGAAGAGUAAGAAGUUAUAUAACAAGAGAUGGAGCAUCAGGAAAACUCAGCAGAGAUGUAGAAAUGCACUAUAGAAGAUACUGCGAGAUACAGCAGUAAGAGUACACUGGAAGACAACUGGAGGUAGAGCAAAGAGAUUUCAGGAGACAGUCUGCAAGAGGUAGUGAUAGGAAUAAGGAGACAAUAUAUUAAGAAAUAAAAGAGUGGGACAAGGCAAACUGGCAAGGCAUGGUGAACCUGACAGGCACAAUGAGAACAAGUGAAUUUGACUCUUCAGACGAGGACUCCGAAGAACAGAACCAAUUGCCAUUGCAAGUAGCCUGGUUGGCUUUAUCAGUGGUGAACUGCCACCAGUUCCUUGGAAUCUGUGCACUGCCAGGUUGUAAAUUUAAAGAUGUAAGAAGAAACCUUCAGAAAGAUUUAGAAGAGCUCAAGAGUCACAACAUACAGGAUGUAUUUGUGCUCUGUACCAAAGGAGAGAUGGUGAAAUACAGGGUUCCAGGCUUGUUGGAAUCAUACGAGCAACAGGGAUUCAAAGUGUAUCAUUAUCCUUUCCCUGAUGGUAGUGUUCCAGAUAUUGCUAACUGUUGGAAAAUUCUGGAAGAGUUGAGAAUCUGCUUGGAAAACGCAAAAAGAAUUCUUAUCCAAUGUUACGGAGGUCUUGGACGUUCAUGUCUAAUUGCAGCAUGUCUUCUACUUCAGUUGUCUGAUACUAUGUUACCAGAAGAAGCAAUUGGCCACCUUCGUGAACUGAGAGGAGCUGCAGCAAUACAAACAGUGAAGCAAUACAACUAUUUGCAUGACUUUCGGGAUAACAUGGCAACAUACCUGGCAACAAAAGACGAUGUUGCAGCCCGAUCAGUGUCAAGAUAGAAAAAAGAAAGCAAACCUUUCAGGCUGUACAUUGUAUAUAAAUUUUACAAUUAUCUGACCUAGACAGAAGAAUUCUGACUAAAAACCAUUAAGUUGUAAUGCUCAGUCUUUCUUCCACAGCUAUGCCAUGCUGGCUGCGUAAUUCCAGCAUUUUCCAAUUUAUUUCAAAUUUGCUAGCUGCAUUUUCCAUUUGUCUUACAUCAUAUCAAACCUGUUUGGGGCUUUUAUUUACUGGUUACAGUUUUAUAUCGAAAUACUAAAUUGUAUGGCAUUUUUCAGAAAGUACAUGGAUAUAUAGUUACCAUUUUAAUAUACGAUGUGAAGUAACUGAUUUUCACAGCUGGAUCACAAACAGGACAGAAAUAACUACACCAUGUGUUUUAAGGAACAGUUAAUCAAAAAAUUAUGUUGAGAGCAAACAAUUGUCUACAUAGAUAAUAUGUGUAACUCAGGUUAAACUUAGCCUGAGAUAACGAUAAAUGUCACAACUCAGUAUUCAAACUGAACAGUGGAAAAAAUGCCAUGUUAUUUGUGUUGGUACUUUUCUACAUAUGAAAGAUGCAUGUGAGUGAAUCCAAAGAUAUUAUACAAAUGUACUUCAGAUUUUUUUUGGUGGUCACUUUAGGUCACUAAACUGCUGAAAAAUAGUCACGCAUUCAGCAUACAAAAGGUUUCUCCAGAAGUGUUUGAGUUUGAAUUGCAUGUCAUUCCAUAUAUAAAGAAACAAUACAUUAUAUUGUCGUAUAACAAACUAUGCCCAUUUACUCAACACUGAUCGCUUCAUAACUUUCCUAUAAGGCUCGUAGUGAGAAAGCAAAAGCAAACUCAACAUAAAAUACAAUUAACUCGUCAAU